UCGCAUGUUUAUGUUCUUCUUAACCUCUUCCACGUGUAAAAAAUACCAAAAUAUGUUAUGAAAUUUAUUUACAUUUAAAAAAUUAUCAAUUAAUUAAUUAAUUAAUUAAUUUAAAAUAAUGGAGAAAAUAAAUAAUCGUGACUUGUUGUAUAAAAAAACAAUUGUGUCUCCAAUAGACGUCAUUAGAAUCCUAGAUGAUGAUUUUGCAGCAGAUCCAUUGCUGGUAAUUCAUAAAAUAAUAAAUAAAUAUAACGAAAAAAUAUAUCAAGGAUUCAUCAACGAAAAAAUAAUAAAUGAAUUCUAUACUGUACUCUGUUACGAAUACAAUUUAAAAAAUUACAGCACAGUAUCAGCAUCACCUGUUUUUGAUAAAUCAUUUUUUAAAAAUAUUGUAAAAUAUAUAAGUGAAAAUUACGAAAGAGAACCCAGAGAAUUUAUUAAAAUUUUUUAUGAGAUAAUUGUCCUGCAAUUAAAACUCUACUGCAGCGAAUCAGAGCUCAGUAAUUUGUGUCAGGAUUUUAUCGAACACCAAUUAUCGAUAAAAGACAAUAAUACUGACAUUUAUUACCAAGUAAUUGAAUGUUUCGUCGACGCCUUGUGGUUGAAAGGUUCAAACCAUCAAGAACUGAUGGUUGUCUGCAUGCUAAUUUUAGAAGAAGUAAAAUGCUGGUUCAAGAAAAUUGAAAGAACUGAUUGGAAGCUUUUUAUUUCGUUGAUAAUGAAAAUCCUCCAGGUAUUUGAUCAUAAAAUUAUUUUAGAAAGCUUAUGGACAAUGAUCUCGGACUCAAAUGAUUGGGAGAAAUCAUUAACUUUGCUAAGUAUUUUGAUAGACGACAUUCUAGCUUUACCUUCUGAUGAAAUGUCAUCAUUGAAUCGCGAUUAUUGCGGCGCUGAAACACUCUGGCAGUUGAUUUCCCAAGGCCUCAGGUCGCCAGUGGAGCAGUAUCGGAAACAAGGAUUGUACUGCAUGAAAACGAUCUUAGAUUUUCUAGAAACUCGUGAAUUACCUCCCACGGUGUCUAAAAUAAUUCCAUUCAUCCGCUGCCCAAAGUACGGACAAGAACCAGUGAUAAAAGAUUUGAAAAGCAAAUUCUUUUUGAUACUAGAGAGCUUGGAAGAGAAGCAAGCGCAUUUGGUUACUCCAGUGCUGACUCAUCUGGAAAGACUCAUCCAACUCCACGUAGAUCACCAGUCAUGCGUCAAUUGCUUUGACAGCAAGUGGGUCCAGUGUAUCUUCGAACGAGUGCUCAGUCACAAAACAAACGGAGUAAUAAAAUCCGGAGUAAUAACUCUGCUGCAAAUGGACCCGCGGAUCUACAAUGAGGACUUGGUAAUUUUGUUAUUAAAUUCUCUGAACACUACUUUUAUCUAUGACAAUCCGACACCAGAACCCGAGCCUCUGGUUGUUAAAGAGCUGGCCGAAUUAUUCGUGAAAGCAGAAUACUCGCAAGUUGCUUUGAUAAAUCAGUUCGUCUCUCUCGCAUCGACAAUCAGUUGGACUCCUAUUCCUCUAUUCUACGUGAUGUCUUCUCUAUGUAAAGCCGGACACAUGCUGAAUUACCCCGUCGAGUGCAACGCCUUCACCGAAAAUGAACUGAAUUCUUUGGAAACGAUCACUGAUAAAUAUUUAAACACCCAGACUUUAUCUCUGCGAAAUUUCUUCCGCGACUUGAUAGCGACUGUAAUUUUUCAUUUUUCGAUCGAACCCUCAUUAGACUCAUUAGCUAAAAUAUAUCAUCUGUUUACUCGCAACCAAAGCUUUCAUCACUUUAGUAUAAGUUACUGCCUACUUCAUAAAUAUAUAAAAAAUAAUUUAUCAGCUGUCGCUGCAGAUGAUUAUGUAGUCUCCGGGUGCAAGAGUUUAUCAGACGGAAAAAAAAUAAAUGUCAAGUCACUUGCCCAGAUGAUGGCCAUUUUGUACGACGCUGAAAAAAUAUUCACAUCAUCAAGAUUCUCGUCUUUGGAGGUGUUUGCUACGACAGUCAACUCACUCAUCAACUUGGAAUCCCGACCGUACGCUGAUAAAAAUAGUUACCUGCAAGCCAUCAGUCUGCUCAGCCACUUCCUUAAUUAUUUUGUCCAGUAUGACGGCCAUGAUGAUCAUAAAAAAAUGAUCUAUAAUAAAUUUAUACUACACAUCAAGUCCGUACUCGCCUUUGUUGUGAAAACUUCUAAGCAGGCUGACAAUUCUCUGAUGGAAGUUGAAAUUUACACCCAAUGCUUCCAGAUAAUUUUGACAUUUUUUAAAAAAUGCGACUGGUUUUGUCCCAAUGACAUCUGGGAUUAUUUUGACAAAAUUGAAAAUGACACUCGACAAAUAAUCGAUCAGCAGGAUAAUGAUAGUCAUCCAAUCAGUAAAAUAAAAUUAUUGUUUGGAUUAAAUAUAUUGGCCAGUAUCGCUGAAGUUCGUUCUGCGCUAAAUAGUCUAGCUUUGAAGACGAUGAUUAAUUUAUGCCAGCGACCUUUGAACUCCAGUGACAGUCAAAGCAGCGAUGACAGAAAAGUAGCAUCCGAUUGCUACAUGCUAAUCGCUAAAAUAUUCCACUGCCUGCUUGCAAACUCGGUUCAAUUUGAUGAUAACCAUGAAGUAUUACUGAGUUUUGUAAAAUUAGUUGACUGGGGUAAAGAGUCCGCUAUCUGUCCUGUCAUAAAAUCGCUGAUGGACCUCGUGCCACUCAGAGAAGAAUUUCUGAUCAAGCAUGUGAGUCUAAUAAAAUCUCUGGUUGAUGAUUCCUGGGUAAAUUUAUGGGAAAUGAAACGGGACAGUCUGUUUUGGGAAACCAGCAUUUGCUUCAUUGAUUGUCUGAUGACUAUCAAAGCAUACAGCGAUUGCUUAUCAAUGGAAAUCAAUGUCAAAGAUUAUGUUGAUAAAAUGAAUUCAAGGAGUCAAGAUAUUGUAGGAUUAAAAAGCUUGAUGUGGGAUAGAUUACGGAUAACGGCGACGAAAGCAAUCGAUUAUUGGGAAUUGAUAAUAUCGAAUUUUGUUGAUGCAAACAGUGGGCGGGGUGACAGAAAAAUGGAGCAGCAGACUCAUGACUUUUUGUUGAAUAAUUUUAGUUUCAUAUAUUGUUAUUACAGUGACUGGUAUCUUGAUCAUUACAAAAAUAUUCAUAUCGAUGCAUUCUUACGUGCACAGUUGAUAUUUUUAUUUAUAGCUCCGGUGAAAGCUAGUCCUGAUCUGUUUCCUGAAAGAGAGGAUCGCGUUAUUUCAAUUCUUCUGUCGACGCUCAAGGCUCAACAGGGCAAGCGGUACUACGGUGACUCGCGUUUACACCGAGUGAAGCACCGGGUGAUGCAGCUAUUGCUGAUAAUCCACCCAUGUUUGAAGGAGGAAAGUUUGAUGGAAAUUCAUGACGUUAUUGGGGAGUGUCUUAUAGUUGAGAGCAAUCAGCCAACAGUGAGAAUGAUGCAGGAGUGGUUGCUGAUUAAAUUAUACUUGGAUUGUCCUGAAAUGGUUAAUAAACUUUGGGGACUUCUUGAGAGGGCCAAAGAAGAGAGACCUGGGAGUAUUACAUCGAUUGCUUCAAUUAUUUAUCAUGUUUCAAAAAAUAUUUCAGAUGAAAAGCAGCAGUUGUUUAUAAGAGAUGCGAUUUAUAAACUUUUAUCCUGCGCUUUUAGUCAGCAAUUUGUUGUCCGACUUUAUUGUCAGACAGUAUUAUCAAAAUUAUUUGAUAUGAUUCCUUUAUCUGAUAUAUCUAAUUAUGAAAAUUUAAAAAAAUCUAUUGAUGAAAGUUUAUUGCGUGGAAAUAUGUACAAGAAUUCAAUAAAACUGUCUGAAGAUUUUUAUUUUACAAAAUUUGAUCCUCUAAAAAAUUACACUCUCACGACAAUAUUCUAUGACGUACCAAGAUUAUUAAAUAUGGCGAAAGAUGAAUGGCUAUUACCGGAAAUGCUUAAAGAAAUUUUUAUGGAUGCUCCUGAUGAAUAUGAAAGGAAUAUUCAUAUUGAAAUAAAUAAUGAGCAUACAUUAGAAAAUCUAACGCUGUCCUCUCAAAUGACCAAAACCCGGUGUCAAGAAUUAGAUGAGGAGGACAUCAGUAGCAGUGACAGUGCUGCUGAUAUCCAGAAAAAAAUAAUUCCGUGGAAAUCAAUUAUCCCUUUUGAUGCAGACUCGACUGGAAUUACGACACUGAGACAUCAGAAGCUUGCUGACGAUACCGGGCUGAUUGUCGUCGCGAGUUUGAUCGACAGUAUGGCCAAUUUGGGCGGGUUGGCACGAACUGCUGAAAUAUUUUGCGCGAAGCAACUGGUCCUGGGCAACAUGAAGUACGUGGAACAUAAAGAGUUCCAGGUUCUGAGUGUGUCUGCUGAAAAGUGGGUUCAGAUAACGGAAGUAAAAGCCCACGAGCUGAGAGACUAUCUGCUGGAAAAAAGUUCUCUGGGAUGGAAAAUUGUCGGAGCUGAACAGACGGUCAAUAGCGUCUGUCUCACGGAUAUAGAGUUUGAUAAAAAAACUGUCCUUGUCUUGGGUAACGAAAAGAGCGGAAUGCCGGCAAACUUGAUUCCUCUGAUGGACGUCUGUGUGGAAAUUCCUCAGGCAGGAGUCGUAAGAUCUCUAAAUGUCCACGUAACUGGUGCUAUUUGUAUGUGGCAAUACGCACAACAAUAUAUUUUUAAAUAAUUAUACAAAUAUAAGUAUUUUUAUAUAUUUUGUAAGAGAUAAAUAUUUAAUAAAUGAAAUAUUUAAUUUUUACUUUGA